AUGGGAAAACAAACAAGCGCGUGGAAUACAGUGCAGAAGAAGAGAUGGCCAUUGAUGAUUCUCGCCCUGUUCACUCUCUCAACACUUACCUUCUUCUUUACGAGAUCCGCUUUCAAGUCCUGUCACUCUACUGACCAUUUCGGAGCUCAGAUUCAAUCAACACCAAGUUCACGACCAAAUCCACUUGGUUUCAUGAAAUCAAAGCUCGUUCUUCUUGUCUCUCACGAGCUCUCUCUUUCUGGUGGACCUUUGUUGCUGAUGGAGCUGGCAUUUUUAUUAAGAGGAGUUGGAGCCGAAGUUGUUUGGAUAACUAAUCAGAAACCGGCCGAAACUGAUGAAGUUAUUUACAGUUUAGAGCAUAAAAUGUUGGACCGCGGAGUGCAGGUUUUUUCUGCAAAAGUUCAGAAAGCGAUAGAUACAGCGGUUAAAGCUGACUUGGUUGUUUUAAAUACUGCUGUUGCUGGAAAAUGGCUGGAUGCUGUUUUGAAGGAGAAUGUGAAGCAAGUUCUUCCAAAGGUUCUCUGGUGGAUUCAUGAAAUGCGAGGGCAUUAUUUCAAAUUAGAGUAUGUGAAGCACCUCCCUUUUGUUGCAGGUGCUAUGAUUGAUUCGCAUACGACAGCAGAAUACUGGAAGAACAGGACUCGAGAGCGGUUAGGGAUUAAAAUGCCUGAAACAUAUGUUGUUCACCUUGGAAAUAGCAAGGACCUUAUGGAAGUGGCUGAAGAUAGUGUGGCCAAGAGGGUUCUUCGUGAGCAUGUUCGAGAGUCUCUUGGGGUGAGGGAUGAUGAUCUACUCUUUGCCAUCAUAAAUAGUGUUUCGCGUGGGAAAGGUCAGGAUCUCUUUCUUCGUUCUUUCUAUGAGAGUCUACAACUGAUCCAAGAGAAGAAGCUGCAGGUGCCAUCACUGCAUGCAGUAAUUGUAGGAAGUGACAUGAAUGCUCAAACAAAGUUUGAAACAGAGCUGCGUAAUUUUGUUCUGGAGAAAAAGAUUCAAGACCGUGUUCACUUUGUAAAUAAAACCUUAACUGUUGCUCCUUAUUUGGCCGCUGUUGAUGUUCUUGUGCAGAACUCUCAGGCUCGAGGAGAGUGCUUUGGGAGAAUAACCAUUGAAGCAAUGGCCUUUCAGCUGCCUGUGUUGGGCACUGCAGCUGGAGGCACUAUGGAGAUCGUUGUGAGCGGCACGACAGGCUUGUUGCAUCCUGUUGGGAAAGAAGGCGUGACUCCUCUUGCAAAUAACAUUGUGAAGUUAGCCACACAUGUAGAAAGAAGACUGACGAUGGGAAAGAAGGGAUAUGAGAGGGUGAAAGACACAUUCUUGGAACGCCAUAUGUCACAUAGAAUCUCUUUGGUACUAAAAGAAGUGUUGAGGAAGGCCAAUUCAUAA